CCGCAUCCUGGAAGGGGCCGGGCGGGGGUGGCCGCCGACUGGGCCCCGCCCCGGGGCCGCCUCCCCGCGGGUCCCGUUGGCCGUGGCUGCAGCUGAGAGAGUGGCGGCGCUGGCGGCGGUGGCCGCAGGGCGGGCAUAAGAUGGCGACUGCGGCGGCAGGAGCCCUAGGCCUGCUGUGGGGCUGGCUGUGGAGCGAGAGCUUCUGGCUGCCGCAGAACGUGAGCUGGGCCGACCUGGAGGCCCAGGGCCACGGCCACGGCUACCCACGCGCGCGGCACAUCCUGUCUGCCUUCCCGCUGGCCGCAGGCAUCUUCUCUGUGAGGCUGCUCUUCGAGCGAUUUAUUGCCAAACCCUGUGCACUCCAUGUUGGCAUUGAGGACAGUGGUCCUUAUCAGGCCCAACCCAAUGCUGUCCUUGAAAGGGUGUUCAUAUCUAUCACAAAGUAUCCUGAUCAGAAAAGGCUGGAGGGCCUGUCAAAGCAGCUCGAUUGGGAUGUCCGAAAAAUCCAGUGCUGGUUUCGCCAUCGGAGGAAUCAGGACAAGCCCCCGACGCUCACUAAAUUCUGUGAAAGCAUGUGGAGAUUCACUUUUUAUUUAUCUGUAUUCUGCUAUGGAAUUAGAUUUCUCUGGUUGUCUCCUUGGUUCUGGGACACCCGACAGUGCUGGCAUAAUUAUCCAUUUCAGCCUCUCUCAAAAGAGCUUUAUUACUAUUAUAUCAUGGAACUGGCCUUCUAUUGGUCUCUUAUGUUUUCUCAAUUUAUAGACAUUAAAAGAAAGGACUUCCUGAUCAUGUUUGUGCAUCACUUGGCCACCAUUGGGCUUAUCACCUUCUCCUACAUCAACAACAUGGUUCGGGUUGGAACUCUGGUCCUUUGUCUACAUGAUGCCUCAGACUUCUUGCUAGAAGCUGCCAAGCUGGCCAAUUAUGCCAAGUAUCAGCGGCUCUGUGACACCCUUUUUGUGAUCUUCGCUGCUGUUUUUAUGGUCACUCGUCUAGGAAUCUAUCCAUUCUGGGUUCUGAACUCGACCCUCUUUGAGAGUUGGGAGAUAAUUGGGCCUUACCCUUCCUGGUGGUUCUUCAAUGGCCUUCUCCUGAUCCUACAGCUUCUGCACAUCAUCUGGUCCUAUCUAAUUGCACGAAUUGCUUUCAAAGCCUUGCUCCGGGGAAAGGUGACCUACCCAAGAAGAAUUAGACCCAGACUCUAUAUUCUUCACUCUUUUCUCACCUCCUUCCUUUUUUCUAUGCCUGGUGGAAGCUUGGACAGGCUCAUCUCUCGCAUGUGGCUAAGGACGAUCGCAGCGAUGUGGAGAGCAGCUCAGAGGAAGAAGAUGCAGCUCUCAGUCCUAAAAGCCUCUCUAGCAACAGCUCCAGCAAUGGUGCCAACUGGGUAAAUGGGCACAUGGGAGGCAGCUGCUGGGCUGAAGAGUAAAGUGGUUGGCGUGGGGACUUCUGCAGACAUGGACUUACAGGCUGCUGACAACCUCCUCCUUUGGACCUCCCCACAUCUACACUACUGUGACCAAAGGGACUGCAAGGCACCGAGGAGAAUCAAAGAAACAAAUAUUUUCACUUUUUUUUUUAGCUCUGCCAUUUUGUAUUUAAUAUCCUCCAGAUCCUUUCAGUAAUGUUAUUUGCUCUGUGUGUGUUUGUGUUGUGUGUGUGUUCGUGUGUACAUAUGUGCAUAUGCAUGAGUUCCAUUGCCUGGGUUGGGGCACAAUUCUGUACUGGAGCCACUAGGCCGUCCGUGUCUGAACCUUUUGAACCCCCUUCAAUCCCAGAUUUGGCUGCAGCUUGAACUGUGCUGUCUCUGGGCUCUUUCCCCCCUUGUGGCCCAUGGCUCUUGAGACUCAAUUCCUAGAGCAUCUGAACGAAGCAGCAAGGUUUCUGCAUUGUUCAUUUUUGGGGCAGGGACUAUUUAACAUGAUGAAAUUGUAUAGAAAUAGGAGCCUUGGGUGGAUGGCCAGAAUUGCUGUGGUCCUUCGCUAGAUCCCCUUCCUACCACCCAACAGUGACAGGGACAACUACUGAUGCCCUGCUCUUUACUCGAUGGUACGCAGGGAGGGCCGGGGGGAGUGGGAGAGCUGGGGGUUGGAGGAGAACAACAGCCACUGGGUGUGCUGUUAAUGGUUUUAUGCUAUUGUUUACUCUUCUGUGAUUAAAGUGCUUCAACCCUCUUCCA